UGUGAUGGUAUAAUUGGUCGGCGUACAUUCCCAAAAUUCUAUAAUAUUUUUAUCUACCCAGUUAGCCUCUAAAUAAUCAUUAUUAAGCUUUUCUCUAAUAAAUUUGGUUGCUUCUAAAUGUGAUAGCCAUGUAGUAUAUUGGUUGCUUUCUAUUGUUUCGCAGAGUAUGUUAAUUAUAUUUUCUAGCGCUAUUCGAUUUUGUUUGUCCUGAAAAACUGCUUCCGCUUGUAAUCUAGAUAAUAAUUCACUUAAUUUCACACCUGGGUCCCUGUCUAUAUAUCUUUUAACUCUAUUUUUAUUUUUCUGGUCUAUAAUCUUUUUAAAAUCGUAUUCUCUAAUAGCAAAUCCCGUAUUACUUAUUCUUAGUUUUUCUCCACAAGUCUCUAUCUUUUCUGCAUUUUCUUCGAAUAUUAAUGAUCUUUGCAUGUCUAUUGAAUACCAAAUUCCGUUUGAAUAAUUUCCUGAAAAGUGCCCUAUUUUCUGGUAUUUACACAUUCUUUUAUCGAAAAUUUCACUAAUAUCAUUGUUUUUCUCCCAUAUUAUUGCGGCUCCAUCUUUUAGGUUGCAUUCUUCUUCUAUAAAUUCACAAUGUUUCACUUCCUCUGUUGGUGAAUCUAUUGUAAUUUUACCCGGUUGGCCUAUUAGUAGGCUUUGAGUAAUGAAACAGUUAACUACCGUUGCUUUUUGCCAUCCUAUUUUCCACCAGGAGUAUUCUAGAUUUAAGCUAUUCCCCGUAUGUAAUUCUUUAUCACUACCUUUUGUUAUUUCCCCAUAUUCACAUUUUUUAAAGUUUACCCAAUUUUUGCACUCUUCCGGCGUUAUUUUAAUUAUUUUUUGUUCCGGUGCUUUUUGGUGAGAGUAUCCUAGAAAGUCUGUUCUAUAGUCGACUGCUUGUUUUAUUGCGACGCAUUUCCAUCCAUAAAAACUAAACUCUAUUGUAUUUGGUUUGAAAAUAUCCAUACUACCACUUAACACAUUCUUAUUCAGAAGCUUAAUAACUUGCU